CUCUAGUCAUCAAUUCCUCCACGUUCGAAGAACCGUGAUUUGAUUCCAAGAUAAAAGAUCAGGCUCGAUUCCCUUUCCAGUCGUUACCAUCCUCCGUCAGGAUGAAGACGGAGGUAUUUUGUCUGCUAAUCUGUCUCGGUGCAGUUACUUCCUUAUCGAGAAAAGAGGCGGCAGCGGAGCAAAGCCGUAGGAAAGUAGCGUUGCCAGCGUUGCACAAAAAGCAGACUGUCCCGGAAGAGCUAGGAGAAUACGACGAAGAUGAAUUUCAGGAUCAAUGUCCUGAACCCAACGGCUAUUUUCCUGACGCGGAACAAUGCGAUAAGUAUUAUGACUGCAGGGAUGGCAAACCUAUCGAGAAACUUUGCCCGGACGGCUUAGUAUUCAACGAUUUCAGUCCUCAGCACGAGAAAUGCGACUUGCCUUUCGGUAUCGAUUGCUCGAAACGACCGAAAUUACAGAAACCACAACCGUCCCCCCAUUGUCCACGCAUGCACGGCUACUUCGCGCACGAGGAUCCACGAAUAUGCAUCACGUUCUAUUACUGCGUCGAAGGGAAGUUCAAUAUGAUCACCUGUCCAGACGGUUUGGUCUUCUCCGAGAAGACUGGCAUCUGCAAUUGGCCCGACGAGGCGCAGAAGAAGGGCUGCGGUUCUAGAGAACUAUUCAAUUUCACUUGCCCGAAGGUCGACGAUUCCGUGGCUGCCACGCAUCCUCGAUACCCUGACACUGAAGAUUGCCAAUACUUCUAUGUCUGUGUCAACGGCGAGAUACCUAGGAGAAACGGUUGCAAAUUGGGACAAGCCUUCGACGAGAGGACUGGCAAGUGCGAUUGGGCCAGAAAAAUACCCGAAUGCAAGGAUUGGUACAAAGGUCAGCUGACCGACGAGGAAUUAGAUGCACUAGAGAAUCCACCGCCGAGACCGAAACCAACUGGUGGCCAUAGCAGGAGGAAAGGCGCUAAACCAACGUAGUUUUAAGGCUGAACUCAUAUGUAGAUUUUAAUACUCAUUGACUUCUUAAAUAUCACCUGGAGAAUAAAACGAUUUUAAUACGA